AUGGCGGCGCGCGGCAUAGACCCGUGUGGUAAUUCCAGCAGCAGCGACGAUGAGCAGUUUAGGCGCUGUCAGGAGGCUGUCUGGGUCAGUCCUGAGAGUAAAAGACAAGAUCCCAGCAGCAGCCAGAAGCCUUCAAAACGUUUAGUAGUUGCAGAUCAUGAUCAUGAUGCCAACGAGCUGCAGGUCACUCAGGGCUUCCAGAUACAUGUGGCCAAAAAGUUGGGUGCCAUCCUUGACAGUGUCAUAUCGGAAAAGCCAUCUUCAGCACAAAUUGGUAUGAAAACGGACAACUCUGACAGUAGAGAUGAUGACGAUGAAGGUUUUCGUCUGUUCUCCACAUCAAUACCAGGACAAAAACCUGAAGAACCUCCUCCUAAACGUCGCCCCAUUCCCAGCUCAAGUGACAGUGACAUUUAG